AUGUCUGAAAACGAGGAUAGCCUAUUUUUCAAUUCCGAUUUUUUCGAUGAAGAUUUAUUUGAAAAUAUGAUGAUUCAGAAAAAGUCAGAAAAAGCAACUAAAACGCAAAAACUGGAACUUUUAGAGUUCAUUGGAGGUUUUGAAAAAUGGGAAUUUUUACCAGACGAUUGUAAAAUGUAUGUGAUUGGAUUUUUGAAUUAUUGGACCAGAUGUCAAUUAUCGUUAUGCUCAAAAAAAGACAAUCAAAUUGUGAAAAAUACUAUUUUAUGUGUUACUGAAGGAGUUUCACCAAAAAAUAAUGGAAUAAUUAUGAGACCCAGAAAUUUGGCGGCUUUGUGUAAAUCGGAUUAUGAGCAGAAUUACAGAGAACAAGCGGCAGUGCACAAAAUUGUUAUGAAAGACACCACCAUUCAAAUGCACACCACAACAAAUUUCAUCCGUUCGUGGAGAUUUUACCAACCCAAAAAUAGUGAUCACUGCUUUGUGACUAGCAAAUCUGUUCUGGAACCCGAUUAUUGUUAUUCUUCAAGAUUUCAAAUUUCGAAUUCAAAUUCUCAAAAAGAAUAUGAGAAAAUUGUCAAAAAAGUUAUGAAAAAGGCUGAAACGAAUGUGGAAACGCUGGAAGUUGACUGGAAAACGAAUCCGGAAGGAUUAGAAAUCGAGAAACUAGAUAAACUGAAAUAUCUGAGAAUGAACUUUUGGAAAUCUGAAUCCGUUGAGUUCUGGCUGAGUCGAUUGAAUUCAGAAAUUGCUCUGGAAGAAUUUAUUUUACAAUGCUGGGAAGUUUUAAAUUUCGAACAACUUGACUAUCCAUCGAUUUUAAAUGCUGUUUCCUUUUUUGUACCAGAAAAUAUUGUGAUGAGCGAUGAGCAAUUUUUAAGAAUGAGCAAUCGGAAAUCACUAUUUCGAGCGGACACAUUGAGCUCUAAAGUGCUAAUGGAAUUUGUUAGAAAAUGGGUGGACGAUGAAAUUCGAGAGGAUUUUGAGCAACUCACGGUUUGGACGAAAAAGAAUUUUGUCAAAGAAAUUUUUGAAAAUCUGGACUCUUACAAUUUUAAUGUUGUACAAUAUGACUAUGGACGUUGGAAUAUCCCUCUCUACCGAGAAUUUUUCUCACACUUCGAAAAAUUCGGAUAUUACGGGAAAUUCUGGCAAUUCUCAAAACGAAAUGAUCCAUUCAACAGCAUUUCUCUUUUGAUUACUCGACAAAAUUUUGUUGUUUUGAGAACUGGAUUUCCAUGCUUCAAAAAUGGGAGACAAGAUGUGAAAUUGGUGUUUCCAGAGGAUAUUUUGUUUUGCAAUAUUUAUUUUUAA